AUGUCAGAAAAUUUUCAAGAAAUCUUGCAUUGCACGGAUCUUGUUUUCAAUCCAAACGGCCUUGUUAUUAGCUUGCUGCAUAAAAAGCGAUGGCGUUUAGCCUUAGCAAAAAUCAAUUGUUCAAGGGCCUUGCUUUCUCUCUUCAGUGAAGUUCUUGCGAAGCACAAGAAGAUUUAUAUCUUGCCAUCAUCUGCUACUUUUCUCAACAAUAUUGAUGAUCAACCAUGCGAAGAUACGGGUAUUUUCUUCGUGGUUAAUCAGACAAUCCUCUCUGAGGUUGUCAAGGAGAAAAAUCACCAAGAGCUUUUUAAACUUGGAGGAGCUAAAGGUAUAGCUGCUUCUCUCAAAACCGAUGUCAACCGUGGAAUUGAUGGAGCACUUGAAGACAUUUUUGGCAGACAGGAGGAGUUUGGGACUAAUGCUUACAGUAAGCCACCUCCAAAGGGUUUCUUCCAUUUUGUUUUGGAAGCUUUUAAGGACCCAACAAUUAUUAUUCUAUUGGUCUGCGCUGCGCUUUCUCUUGGUUUCGGGAUCAAAGAGAAUGGUCCGAAAGAAGGUUGGUAUGAUGGUGGAAGCAUAUUUGUUGCUGUAUUUCUUGUUAUUUCUGUCUCAGCUAUCAGCGACUUCAGACAAAGCAGACAAUUCGACAAGCUUUCCAAGUUGAGCAAUAAUAUUCAGAUCGAAGUUGUGAGAAAUGGAAGAAGACAACAAAUAUCGAUAUACGACAUCGUUGUUGGAGACAUUGUUUGUCUGAAGAUUGGCGAUCAAGUACCUGCAGACGGAUUAUUUCUAGACGGGCACUCUUUGCAAGUGGACGAAUCUAGCAUGACAGGAGAAAGUGAUCAUGUUGAAAUCAAUCAAUAUCCAAAUCCCUUCUUGUUUUCUGGCACAAAGGUUACCGAUGGAUAUGCUAGAAUGCUUAUUACAUCUGUAGGAAUGAACACAACUUGGGGAGAAAUGAUGAGCACAAUUAGCGAGGAGUCAAACGAGCAAACGCCUCUUCAAGCUCGACUAAACAAGCUAACUUCAUCAAUAGGUAAGGUUGGUUUAGCAGUAGCUUUUCUAGUACUUCUCGUGCUACUGGUUCGAUUCUUUACAGGAAACACAACAGACGAAAAUGGGAAUAAAGAGUUCAAUGGAUUUGGUAAGACUAAGGUUGAUGAUGUGAUAAAUGGAGUCCUGGAAAUUAUUGCAGCUGCAGUAACUAUUGUAGUUGUUGCAAUUCCAGAAGGAUUGCCUUUGGCAGUCACACUCACUCUUGCUUAUUCGAUGAAAAGAAUGAUGGCCGAUCAGGCUAUGGUUCGAAGGCUCUCUGCUUGUGAGACAAUGGGAUCAGCCACUACAAUAUGUACCGACAAAACAGGUACUCUUACAUUAAAUCAGAUGAAGGUAACUAAGUUUUGGUUGGGGGAAGAAACUGUCGAAGGGAAAAGUUGCGUUUCAAUUGCAGCCAAUGUUCUUGAAUUGCUGCAUCAAGGGGUCGGUCUUAAUACGACAGGGAGUGUUUAUCGAUCCUGUGCAUCAGGAUUUGAGUUCUACGGUAGCCCCACUGAAAAGGCUAUUCUUUCAUGGGCUGUGCUGGAAUUGAAUAUGGAUAUCGAGAAGGUCAAGGGGAAUUGUAGCGUUCUGCACGUGGAAGCAUUCAAUUCGGAGAAAAAGAGAAGUGGCAUUUCAAUGAAGAAGGUUGAAGAUGACACGGUUCACGCACACUGGAAAGGAGCUGCUGAAAUGGUACUAAAAAUGUGCUCUCAUUACUAUGAUUUGGAAGGAAAUGUGAAUUCUCUCAACGAUUUCAACAGGAUGAAAUUUGAACGAAUAAUACAAGGUAUGGCUGCGAGUAGUCUUCGCUGCAUUGCAUUUGCGCACACGCAGGUUUUAAAGGCAGGUCAUGUCAAUCCGAAUGGGCAGCAAAAGAUUCAAGAUAAUGGAUUAACCCUUUUGGGCCUCAUCGGCCUAAAAGAUCCAUGUCGACCCGGUGUGAAGACAGCUGUGGAAGAUUGUCAAUAUGCAGGGGUGAAUGUGAAAAUGAUAACUGGUGAUAAUGUUUUCACUGCAAGAGCAAUAGCCACCGAAUGCGGAAUACUCAAGAUGACUGAGGAAAUUGAUGAUGGAUCGGUGGUGGAAGGAGUUGAAUUUCGCAACUAUACAGAAGAGGAACGGAUGGAAAAAGUUGAUAAAAUCUGCGUGAUGGCGAGAUCAUCUCCUUCCGACAAACUUCUAAUGGUAAAAUGCCUGAAAAAGAAAGGUCACGUUGUGGCAGUAACUGGUGAUGGCACAAAUGAUGCUCCUGCAUUAAAGGAAGCAGAUAUCGGCCUUUCAAUGGGAAUUCAGGGUACGGAAGUGGCGAAAGAAAGUUCAGAUAUUGUCAUUUUGGACGACAAUUUUUCUUCCCUUGCCACUGUUUUAAAAUGGGGAAGAUGUGUUUACAACAACAUACAGAAAUUCAUCCAAUUUCAACUCACUGUGAAUGUAGCAGCACUUACAAUCAACUUCGUAGCAGCAGUUUCUGCUGGUGAAGUGGGUGAAUCUGAUAAUGGACACACUGGGGGCUCUAGCUCUUGCUACAGAAAAACCAACCAUGGAGCUCAUGGAAAAGCCGCCUGUGGGCCGAACAGAGCCACUUAUCACCAAUGUUAUGUGGAGGAACUUAUUAGUACAGAGAAACCUACCAUGGAGCUCAUGGGAAAGCCACCCGUGGGCCGGACCGAGCCUCUUAUCACCAAUGUUAUGUGGAGGAACUUAUUAGCUCAAGCAUUGUACCAAAUUACUAUUCUUUUGACAUUACAGUUCAAGGGUGAAUCGAUCUUCGGUGUUAGCGAAAAGGUUAAGGACACGUUGAUUUUCAACACAUUCGUACUCUGUCAAGUGUUUAACGAAUUCAACGCGAGGAAGCUUGAGAAGAAGAAUGUAUUUGAAGGAGUACACAGGAAUAAGCUGUUUCUUGGGAUCAUUGGAAUUACUAUAAUUCUUCAAAUAGUGAUGGUGGAAUUUCUCAACAAGUUUGCAGAUACAGAGAGGUUGAAUUGGAAUCAAUGGGGGUUUUGUAUAGGAAUUGCAGCUGCAUCUUGGCCUAUUGGUUGGCUCUUCAAGUGUAUUCCAGUACCAGAAAAACCAAUAUUUAGUUAUGGCUAUUGGAAGAAGUUAAGAUGCAUAUAA